AGUAAGACUUGGUGCACGUCAUAAAAAAACGGCGUGACGUUGGAGCAGAGCCACGAGGACGCCGUACGAAAUAGCAGUCAGUCGUCGUCUUGCCUUGGCUAUGUGAAUCUAUACACUAGGAAACUGCACCGUGGUAGCGGUGUAAACUACGCGCCGCUGCUCUAUGGAGUAGUCCUCGAUUUGUCGCAUCUCGUCCUGAUACUCCGCUCAGAGCUCCGAUCAGGUGCGUCAGCGUCUCAUUCUUGCUUGUGAAUACGGAGACGAUGAUGAUGAUGUUGAUCUUCUUUUCUGAAUUCUGAAGAGUAAUGGAGGGUCUAGCAACUCAUACAGUUUGAGGUCAAAUUUGAGCUAUUUUCAUCCCAUCCUUGCCACAACUGUAUUCAUUUGACAAAAUGGGCGAUCUCACAAAGUACCCAGGUAGCAAAAGUUCAUCGGACAAAGCAUGUGAAAAAUUAAUAAUACCAAAGGAAGAGAUUCUAGAUUAUGAGAUUCCUCCUGACACAGUCUCGUCAAGGAACUUUGAGGAUAAUGGUGCAAGUUCAUCUGGAAGCAAUUUAAGAUCAUCAUUUAUUGGGAUGGGAUUUAGACCGUCUCUUGUUGACAAAGUGGUUGAAGAAAAGGGUGAAGAUGAUGUUGACUUGAUAUUGGAGACUCUCUUUGCAUACUCAGCUCCUCAAAAAUCAAACUCUGAAUCCUCAGAUUCUCUUGAUAGUUUAUUCGAUGACAAUGGCGUAAGCAGCCCUGUAGAAAUUGCCAUCCUCAUUCAACCAAAAGAGGAGCCAGAGAUUGCCAGUGAAAUUAAUGAUGGGAAAAGAGCGUCAUUGUUGAUGAUGAACUUCUCUGUAAAUGAAGUUGAGUUUGCAAUUGAUAAGCUUGGUGAAGAUGGUCCAAUUGAUGAAUUGGUGGACUUCAUCGUGGCUGCCCAGAUAGCUGAGAGAUUUGAGAAGGAUACUGAUGAUACAAGUCGUAAUGAUGAAGAAAAAAUUGAGGAUCUCAAUAAUGAAACCUUGUUUGGGACAAUGGACAAAACUGUUCGUUUGCUGGAAAUGGGUUUCUCUGAGAAUCAGGUUUCAUGGGCAAUUGAAAAUUUUGGUUCAGAAGCACCAAUUUCGGAGCUUGCUGAUUCAAUUGUUAGGGGUCGGACACCUGAUAGGCGUCGUGGAAAAGAUAAGUACCAUUCAACUGCAGCAAAUACAAAUCAUUCACAGACCAGGAAGGGUUGCAACCCUGAUAGCAUGGGAAUGCAAGAUGUGCUUAGAAAUCCCUCAUACCAUUCAACUGCUGCAAAUAUAAAUCAUUCACAGACCAGGAAGGGUUGCAACCCCGAUAGCAUGGGAAUGCAAGAUGUGCUUAGAAAUCCCUCAUAUGAUGUAAAACCGGAAAACGAGGAUUUUAGUGUAGAUGCUCCUCAAGCAGUGGAUAUGAAGUCAGAGGAAGCUUAUUUAGGGAAAAGACCUAAAGAGGAGUAUAUUGAUGAUUAUUCCGGUGCUGUUCCUCAGUUCAAGCAUAUAAACCAUGAGGAAAAUCGUAAAGGUAAAAGGCCAAAACAAGAGUAUGUUGAUUAUUCAACCUCUUUUCUGGACCCAGCAUGGGAGGAAGAAAAGAUUGAUCCUAAUUUCUCCACAAUUGGAAUGGCUAAUGGAAAUACUAGCAAGAAUGGUAAUAGAAUGGUAUGUCAAUCUCCAUAUUUCUUGUAUGGAAAUGUCAUAAACGUAGGUCAUGAAAGUUGGGAAAAAGUUUCAUCAUUCCUUUAUGGCAUGGAGCCUGAAUUUGUGAAUACUCAGUUUUUCUCGGCUUUGAGUAGAAAGGAAGGUUAUAUACACAAUCUCCCAACUGAGAACAGAUUUCACAUCCUUCCAAAGCCACCAAUGACCAUUGAAGAUGCAAUACCACAGACAAAGAAAUGGUGGCCACCAUGGGAUACGAGGAAGCAGUUGAGCCGCAUCAAUUCUGAAACUAGUGGAAUCUCUCGGCUUUGUGAUAGACUUGGGAGGAUGCUCGCUGAAUCUUGUGGACAGCUCUCGUUUGAACAUCAAAAAGAAAUACUUCACCACUGCCGGUCAUUAAACCUUGUGUGGGUUGGCCGAUACAAACUGGGAGCUAUGCAGCCUGAGCAUUUGGAGCGUAUUUUAGGCUAUCCUGUUGAACAUACUCAACCAGGUGACAGCAGUUUGACAGAAAGACUAGAGUCGCUCAGAUACUGCUUACAGACAGAUGUAUUGGGAUACAUUCUCUCAGUUUUGAAGUCUUUAUACCCAGGAGGCUUAACAUUAUUGUCUAUUUUUAGUGGCAUUGGGGGUGCAGAGAUUGCUCUACACCGGCUCGGCAUUCGCUUGAGAGGCGUUGUAUCUGUAGAGACAUCUGGAAUGAAAAGGAGAAUUCUGAAGAGGUGGUGGCAGAAUACUGGACAAACUGGGGAGUUGUUGCAGAUAGAAGAUAUUCAGAGGCUAACAAGUAGCAAACUUGAAAGUUUGUUUCGGAAAUUUGGUGGUUUUGAUCUUAUCAUUUGCCAGAACCCAUCCACCAGUGAUAGUGUAGGGAGCUUAGACUCCCCAUUUUUCUACGAGUUUGUUCGUGUUUUGCAACGUAUAAGAAAUAUGAAGGAAAAGAAAAGAUAGCAACUCUUUCUUCUCCUUUCAUAGUCAUCAUCAUCAUCACCAUCUGAUGAUUUUCAUUGUUGGACUCAGAGACUUGGGAUUCCUUUGGAUUCAUGAUAACUUAAUUUAGAUGGUAUUAGAGUUCAAUUAUCUUAACUAAUCUUAUAUUCGGUUGAUUAUAUUAAGAGUUUAAUUAUCUCGA